GCACCCUAAAGUAAUCCUCAAGCACUACCCUGUUCGGCUCUUCCAACUUCCAAUUAAAUGACUUGGUUUUCUUAUUUCUCCAAUUUUAACUGUUUAGGUCCUUAGGACUUUUGGGGUGGAGAUUAGAGAGAAUCAGCAGUUUCCAGUUAGUUGUUCUUAUCAGUGAAGAUGCACAGAAUCAAGCACAAAGUGGGUGAGUCCCUGAUUUUGAUUAAGCAGAACAGAUGGUAUUUUAUGCUUAAAUCUCCAAAGGGUUCGUCUUCUUCCGGCGUUUUGUCUCCAGAAAGGUUAGUGUCCGAUGUGGGCUCCAUUACUUUUUCAUCCAUGGCAACGGGGAGGAAUGUGCUUGAUAUCGGAAUCUCUGAGUCGGUGAAAAGGGUGGUGCUGAAGUCUGGUCGUGUGAGUAAAACUAGUGUUGAUCCCAGCAGAAUAUGUAAGGGUGCACGGGGGACCGAAGGUCUUGCAACUUAUGUUGAAUCACUGUUCGUCUCUGAUGUCAAUGUAUAUAGUAGCUGUCCUUUCUUCAAGGAGAUGGACGGAAAAUAUGGAAAUCCAAUUUUGUCCAGAGGAUGGUGGAGCAGAGAGUGUCUGGUUAGUUCAUUGACGCCUUUCCAACUUGUGAAGUCCCAUGGACAACCAGAAACAGUUCCUCGCUUUGCUAGAUCUCUUGCUUCCAGUUCAGCUUCUCAGUCAUCAGGACAAACCCCACCAGAGAAGAACAAAAAGGACAUAUCUACAGUUGAUGAUCCUUUUGAUGCCCCUACAUACAAUAUUCCAGAGAAGCCAGUGACCUUUGCAGAAGGUGCUUCAUACAGUAUUAUCAUACUUGUAGGACUUGGUGUUGCAGCAGCUGCUGGAUAUGCUGUUUUCAAGGAGCUUAUUUUUGAGCCUAAGGAGUACAAAAUUUUUGGGAAGGCUCUGGAAAGGGUUCAGAAUGACAGUCAGGUUAGAAUGAGGAUUGGAUCACCUGUCACAGGCUACGGUCAGGAAAGUAGAAACCGAGCUGCUCGCCAACGGAUUCCCAAUAGAACUUGGACUGAUGAAGAUGGUAUUGAACAUGUUGAGGUUAACUUCUAUAUCCGUGGCCCCCAUGGAGCCGGCAAGGUUUACGCUGAGAUGUUCAAAGACAAGGUGGACAAACAGUGGAAGUACACAUAUCUGAUUGUUGACAUCAAAUCACCUUCACCGGCACAGUUGAUGCUGGAGUCAUAUGUCCCAGCUUAGGAUGUUGAGAUCAAAUCAAAUUCAUACAUCUGCCCCCUUUUGUGCUACCCACCAUCUUUGGAUAUAAUCCAUAUUUCUAGUUAAUGCAGAAAGGGGUUGAAUGUGGUUUUUAAUGAGGCCUGGCAAUGGCGGUCAAGCAUUUGGAAUCAUCAUUUUAGCCACUUGAUAUUGGAUUUUGAUUUUUUCAAUUUAUUUGGGAAUGAUCAUUUGGCUAAUGAGACAUUACUGGCCCGCUCUUUCUUCUGCUGAUAGUUGACAGAUCAAGCUAUUGGCCACGAGCAACCAAUCCUUCGAUGACCCUUGUGGGGCUGGAAGAUACCUCAAGGUAUGUCUUAAGGUCUGCUUCAAUAAGCAGUUGGCACUUUUCUUUUUUUGUUCUGCUUCAAGAGAUGUUCUAAGCUCCCGUUGACUAAGAAGAAAAACCUGACAAUUAUGAUUUGGGUAGAAAACAGUUUUGGAGUUUUUUUUUUCUUGAAUAAAUUUGAAACAUAUGAUCAUGUCUGUGA